AUGUGCAACCUGUUCGUUUUGGAUGUCAUUCCGAUAGCGAUCGGCAUGCUAGUGGUUGUCGCCGCUGCCCUCAUGGUCAAUUUCUUCCUGAACAACAACGGUAAGAAGGAUAAAUCCAACGUCAGCCAGUGUGAUGGAACCGAUACCCGGGAAAACGUUCAAACGCCCACCAUUUGGGACAAAAAGUGCUCGGAACUGUACGCGUCCUCGGCGUAUGAGGACUCGAAAACACGGUUCGAUAAAUCUGCCUACGAGGUACUGGAAAAACAGAUGAUGAGCUUGAUGAAACAAAUAUAUCGCAACUGGCAGAAAACCUAUCGGGAUGAUAUUCCUGCAGGUACAACGGCGAUUUUGCAGUUAUUACUUGAUUUAACCGGCUAUGAAUAUCAGCUUACUUCAGAAGAUUCUGAGGGAAAUAUGUUGGAUAUCGUACGGAAGAAAAUUAUCAGAGCGAACUUUCAAGAAAAAAACAGUUUUGGGAAUACAGUGUUUUUGAAUGAUUUGAAUAAAUUCUUGAAACUCAUGAUAGUUGAAGAUCGACAAGAACUUUUGCAGAAUAAUAUUUGGCUCAACAAAACUAUCCGAUUGCUCAUGGCAUUCUGUGAGUCGAAUGAUGACAAGUGCAAAAUGGUAGCUGGCUACUUAAGUUCCACGAUACUGGUGUUAGUUGCUGUUGUACAACAACAUGUGCUUCAGGAUCUGGAACGAAUUCAAUUAGAGGAAGAUUCUGAGAAAUUACAAGAGGCAGAAAAACGUGAACGAUAUAUUUCAAAAAUUGGUAAACUACUGAUCAAUAACGUUGACGCAGGUUGCAGAUAUGUCACAACCUUACCAUUGAUAGCAGAAUCGUACUGCGAAUUUCUGGAAACACAUCCGAUGCUAAUCGAGCAGGACAGUAGCCUAUUGGAAGUGCUAGCAAAGCUUCUACAGCAUCAACACUGCAAAAUGUACUCCACAAUUGCAAACUGUCUCAAAAAUUUACUCAAUCCCGAAACACUUACAUCAGAAAUGGAAAAGAUAAUCGUUAAAUUUUUCCUGGAAUCCAUUGGAAAACGGUUUGUGCAAUAUAUGAUGACUUUCAAGUCGUGCGAAAGAGUGGCUAUGGAGGUGAUUGCAGCUAUGCAAAGACAAAAUUGUGGUCGUUCUAUCUUCGAGAAUGAUUUGACCGAUAAAGUUCGUCAAUAUAUGUUUAGUGUCGACGAAGUGGUUCGAAGCCAUGCAAUCGACUUUCACGUCAGCAUCUGUUGUACCCCCGAUGACGACGAUAAUAAAAACGGCGAAAUUUUGCUCGAUAUUUUGAAAUUAUACGAACGAUAUGAACAUUCAUCGCUUUCACUAAAGCAGUUAAUAACCGAUUUAUGGAAGUUGGACUUUUUCGAUGAUUGGGGUUUAGUUUUUAACAUGCUUAGCAUUGAAUGUUCUCGAAAUGACAAUAUAUUUAUGAUAACAUCGAUAGUACUGGUUAUAACCCAGUGCCAUACGUUGAUGCUGAGCAACCUUCAAGAGGCUCUUGAACCAAAAGCCAAAAAAGUAGAUCGUACGCGUCUGCGAAAUAUGCUAAAAGGUUUUUUAACUGAUUAUCCCCGAGCUCUGCAGGAUUGUAUUCCACAUAAAAAAGCUUACAUUGCUUUACUUCAUCCGGCUAACUCGGAAUGCCAUACAUUGUUACAACAUUACAAUAUUACUCACGAUGAUUACUACGAGGCAUUAUUUGCAGUACUCUCGACUGUACUGAAAACUGCUACAAAUUUUGAUAUGGUACAAAAAAGCUUGAUCACUAUACGCGGUUAUUGGAAUAUUGUCAUAGAUAUGGAAGAAAUGUGGAUUGACAUCUUGAACGAACUUGUGAAAGAAUUUGUGGACACAAGAACGCGAUUUACCAGCAAAAAUAUUGGUCAAGACCACGUCCUCACCACUAAAUACGUAACAAGCAUGGCACGAUUGGCCGCUUUGCUUGAACUGGAUUACGAACUAUAUGCACAUGCAGCAGUUAUAAAGAAAAUCGUUUUUAACGACUUUCGUCUACUGGAUAAAAUGAAUUUAAACAGCAACCAGAUCAGCAUGUUUUACCGCUUGUACAAGUGCAUCUUUUAUGUCAUUGUGAAGGAACUGCCAACCAGCGCGGACAGUGGUUUUUCAGAUGCAUUCGCUAACCAAAGCUGCAGCGGCCAGCGAUUGAAAAAGCGUAUGCAGGAACUGUUGCGCGCAUUAGUUAAAUUGCUCAUCAGAUUCGAUGAUACACUUGAUACCUGUGUGCACAUUUUUACUACCCUGUGCGAUAUGCUUCUAUUGAGCCAGAUCGAUGUAGUAGAGCUUCAUCAGAUCGGCCACAGCGUUGAAAUGAUUACAUUGGAUAAGAUGGCAAAAUAUCUACUUCAUUAUUUGUUCUCCAAGCAAUAUGAUUGGCAGGAGGACCCAGUUACCAAGCAGAAACUGAUUAUGAACAACUAUAUAAAUCUGUAUACUCGUCACAAAUCGUUGCCUCGCAUCACGGAUACACAUUACAUCGUAGCGAACUUUGCAGUUGAUACACCUCUGGAAGAACAGUUAAAACAACUCAUGAAGGUUUUGCAUAAAAUCGACCCGGUCCAGUUCGCUGAAGUGAUUUGUUUGGCCGUCUUCCAAUUACUGCUCUCAUAUCGUUCGGAAACCAGUGUUAAGCAAUUUUUCAAAAAACUGCAAUCGUUUUUCCUAACCGAAUUACCUGUCGACAAUAAGGAGGAUUGUUCGAGUUUGAUAGCCAAUGUAGUGGAAAAAAUAUUAAACCACAUGAUGAAUGUCAUGAGUAACGAGGACAACAAAGCAACGGCCAUACGUAUGCUUAAGCUGUUGGAGCCUCUACUACCACAUGUUCCAAUGGAAGAUCGCUUGUCAUUAGAACAUUUGCUGCUGCUACACCCGGAUUUUGAGCACUUUGCCGAACAAGACCGCAAAGCUGUGAAACGAUUUGUUAGACAUUUGAAGAAAUGA